AUGGCAGACAACGGUGAGGGUUCGUCGAUGAACCCACCUCGGUCCAUGCCGAUUUCUACCUCGUCGAUUCGCUCGAGAUCCCCUGCGCCUGAUGCAGGGAGUCGACAGGCGUCCAUUGCUCGACUGGCCUCCCCCAUACCCUCUCCGUCUCUCGGGACGUCCAUCUCGUCUCGACAGGGUAUUCCUGCCAGCCGACCUGUCACCAGCACCAGUAACGAACAUAAUUUCCGGGCUGUCAACGACCUAUCUUCGCUACCGGGUCCUGGGCAGUCGAUGAUUGCGUCCCAACUCCAAGAAAGCCUUGGUCGCUCGCCUCCGAAGUUUGGUACCCCAGCCCGGCAAGGCGGGUCCCCGGCGCCGCACUCGACUCUAGAUAAUCGGCCUGUGGUUUCGCAUUAUGGUUCCUUCGACCAUAAAAACGGCUCUGACUCUCCGGGUGUGGUUCCGUAUGAGGAUCCCGAAGUGGUGAGAAGGCAUCUGGUGCUCCCACAAAACGACUCCGAACACCGCGAUACCCACUCGGAAAUUGCAAAUAGUUUUGGCGACGAUGAAUUCUCGAGUUUACAGCUCCAGGGCGGCGAUAUCACGCGGCAGGUUUAUCGGUGGGCGGAAGAUGCCGACCCCGGGCGAUUUGCGCGCAGCAAGAGUUUCAGUGUUAGUCGACCAAAUCCAGAGAAUGAGACGGAAAAUAUCCACACAAUCCGAGUCCCGGGAGGGUUCCGCAGAGACUACCUCCGAAGGACUGUGGGAAGUCCGCAGCGUGGAAGUGCCACAGGCUCCAACUCAGGUGCACCACAUGGCCCGCCUCAACUCCCAACUACGAGUUUCUUGGAGUUCUUGACGCUUUACGGUCAUUUUGCUGGAGAGGAUCUGGAAGAAGAUGACGAGGUCCUAGGACCUGACGAAUACUUCUCAUCUGAUGCCUGGGAGGAACCGGAUGAAGGCCGGGAAUCUGGGGAAGACGCGGCACUACUCCAAUCGGACAACGCAGGCCGAAGGAAGCGAAAGCACAAGCAGCGUGCUCCUGCGGGUACAACGACCACAACGGGUGCAGUGCUUCUGCUGCUCAAGUCGUUCGUGGGCACGGGCAUUUUGUUUUUGCCCCGAGCGUUCUUGAACGGCGGCAUGUUGUUCAGCAGCAUGGUGCUUCUGGGUGUCUCGAUCCUGAGUUAUUACAGCUUCAUCCUGCUGGUCAACACCCGCAUGAAGAUCGAUGGAUCUUUUGGUGAUAUUGGCGGUAUCUUGUUCGGAAAGCACAUGAGACGCAUCAUUCUGGGAUCCAUUGUUCUGAGUCAAUUGGGAUUCGUCUCGGCGUAUAUCGUCUUCGUCUCACAGAACUUGCAGGCGUUCGUGUUGGCCGUGAGCAAGUGCAAAUCCUUCAUUGACAUCAAGUUCAUGGUGCUGAUGCAGCUGGUUAUCUUCCUGCCUCUAUCUUUAAUUCGCGAUAUCAGCAAGCUUGGGUUUACUGCGCUGAUUGCGGACGUCUUCAUUCUGCUGGGGCUGCUCUACAUCUAUUUCUACGAUGUGAGCACGCUGGUUAACCAGGGCGGCAUCUCGGAUGUCAUCUCCUUCAACCCGUCCACUUGGUCGAUGUUCAUCGGCACUGCCAUCUUCACUUACGAGGGGAUUGGCCUCAUCAUUCCAAUCCAGGAGUCGAUGAAGAAGCCGCAGCGGUUCCCAGGUGUCCUGGCCGGCGUAAUGAUCAUCAUCACCUUCAUCUUCCUUUCCGCAGGUGCUCUGAGCUAUGCCGCCUAUGGAUCGUCUACCAAGACGGUGAUUCUUCUCAACCUUCCUCAGGACGACAAAUUCGUCAAUGUUGUCCAGUUCCUAUACUCGCUCGCCAUUCUACUGAGUACACCGCUGCAGCUCUUCCCUGCCAUUCGCAUCAUGGAGAACGAGCUUUUCACCCGCAGCGGCAAGUACAAUCCGUACAUCAAGUGGAAGAAAAAUGGCUUCCGCUUCUUUUUGGUUUGCAUCUGUGCUUUCGUCGCCUGGGGUGGCGCCGAUGACUUGGACAAGUUUGUUUCGCUGGUCGGAAGCUUUGCUUGUGUUCCGUUGAUCUACGUAUACCCGCCUCUUCUCCACCUCCGAGCCUGUGCCCGAUCCAAGCGCCAGGCUGUCGCAGAUGUCGUCCUUGCUGCCUUCGGCGUCAUUUGCUGCCUUUAUACAACUGUUCUUACCAUCAAAAACUGGAUCGGUGCCGAAGUCAUCAAACCCCCGGGAUACUGUGAUUCCCACUGA